AUGUCAACACCGCAGAACCCUUAUGCCCGCUCUCCCAACCUCUCAACUAGGUCCUACGAUUCGUCCUCAGUCUCGUCUGCCACUUCGCCCAAGUCAUUAUCCCACUUUGCAACUGGGGCCAUGAAUCCCAACCCACGCCUAAAUCCAGCGGCGACGGCUCAACCGAUCGGCAUCCCCCCUCUCCCUCCUGUCAGCCAGUCUUUCCAGUCAUACGGUCCCAUGACAACGCCCUCCUCUCUUGGACAGGAAUCCCUCGCCUCAACCGACUCGGUGGCCAGCACCCCGGGCCCACAAACGACACAGCUACCUGGUCCUCCCGGCGCCCAGGGACAGAAGAGAGCUUAUCGACAGCGGAGGAAGGAUCCUAGUUGCGAUGCCUGCCGCGAAAGGAAAGUGAAAUGUGAUGCCACGGAGACGACAAGUUGUUCCGAGUGCUCAAGCCGAAAUGUCAAGUGCCAAUUCACCAAGGAGACGAACCGGCGCAUGUCCUCGAUCAAGCAGGUGCAGGAUCUGGAGAAGCAAAUGGAACGGGUCAAGAGGGAGAACAGCGGUCUGCGGCGUUUACUUCAAGACCGGGAGGGCCCGAUGGAACUCGAUAUCGAGGGAGCUGAACAGAGUACCCCCAGUUUACCAACGAUCGGAUCCGAACCGAAACGACGAAAACGACCGGCUCCUGUACCGGAGCUGGCCAGAGCAAGGACGAAUGUACGAGACUUCUCGAGAGGCAUAUGGAAACCUCCGGCCCAGUAUCGCGAACGAGCACCCGUCUUCUUUGAUCCCCCAAGGCCGGAGCUACCAGCUAGACACCUGGUAGAUCAGCUGUUGCACGCCUAUCAAUGCUCGUCCCACACCAUGUUUCCGAUUCUACACUUUCCGACCUUUCGAGCAGCUGUCAAUGACCUGUACAACAACAAUGGCAUUAAUAGGGCGUCUCCUGCAUGGCUCUCACUAUUCUUCUCGGUUCUCGCUGCUGGCAGCCUCUUUAGCCCAACAUCAAACUCGCAACCAAACUCUUUCUAUGAGCCAGCCGAGUUUCUCGAGACGGCGAACAGGAUGAUCGAUCCAUGGGCGAACGACUUUACGUUGGACAAUGCGCGGGCACUGACACUUGUCACCCUUUGCCUGAACGAGAUGAACCUCAAGUCUGCGGCUUGGACAUGGCUGGGAAGGGCCGUUCGAGUUGGUCAGGAUCUGGGACUCCAUCUGGAAUCGGGGCCAUGGCCAGUCAUUGAGGGAGAGAUGCGACGCAGGACUUGGUGGAUGAUCUACAUCAUGGACAGAACGCUGGCAGCCGAGCUGGGGCGGCCUGUAUUGAUCAAUGAUGAGGACUGUGAUGUUUCAUUGCCUGCUGGAGUCGACGAUCAGUAUAUCCAUGAGGGAGGCAUGCUGGUGCCCAACGGAGCAGAGCCCCUGACCCAUUCUCUGCUUGCCGUUAUUCACGUUGUACGGUCGUACACCUCACUCCUCGCAGCUCUAACCCCUCCAGCCCUGUCCACGAUCCAUCUCUCAGCUCUUGAUGCCCAUUUCAAGAAAUGCUUGAGCACUUUUCCUCCAGCCUGCGAACCGUCCAGUACCGUACCACUGGCUCCUCACUUCCUAGCGCCUCUAGCAUAUCUCUUCCAUGCUCGUCUCCUCCUUCACCGACACCAUCUCGACCCUGGAUACCCACCUGAGGCGAGGAUGGCCUCCCUCGAGAGUUGCACACACAUCGCUCUGGAGACAGCCUCACUCCUCCACCGAUCAAACACGGCUCUGCUGGCGGAUGGGGCCACCGCUUUGCUGACCACCCACAUCUUCCGCUGUGGGCUCUUUCUCCUACUCACGGGGUAUCUGGACCAUGCUGUGACAACCGUCAGAGCCUUGGCCUCGAUCGAUGGGCGGAGGGAUGUCACAGUUGCUUGUGGACGGUAUCUGUCCUUUUUUGUUUCCAGCUUGGGCACCAAGCGGGCCGAGUACACCAACUAUCUGGCCAGGAAUGCGCCCCCAGCUUUUGGCCACUCUCGACCUUCGGUUGACCAGACUGCUCUUCUCCAGAUGCUUUCUAGGGAUGAAGACUUGAUUGCCUACGUCUCAGCAGAUCUUCAGGCAUCCCCUGAUGCCUCAUGGCUUUGGGCGGGUUUGGAACGUGAGACGCCGCUUCGUCGUGCCUCGUCACCACUUCAGGCGCAGAACGCCACAGCCAGCAGCGAACUUUUCAGCCCUGAAGCACGCACGGGACUCGACGAAACCGACAGCAGGGAAUGGGGAGGAUGGGCGAGACUCGAGGCUGCUAUUCGAGGGUUGGACGUCGCACCAACCACACCAACGCCGACGCCGACGAACACGACAUGGACCCUACCACCGCCUGUCAAGAGCGAGACGCCUGGCUCGACGGUGGAAAUCCCAAGGCUGGGCGAUAUUCCGCGCUUCGGCUCCGAGGCUCCUAAGAUGGGGGAGAGCAGUGCGGCGGUGAGCCCUAUUCCAGGCGGCAGCAGGACACCGAGUGGGAGCACGACGGGUGCUGGGACUAGCAAGGACCGGCUGAGCAUUGCCAACAUCAUCUGA